CAACCGGUAAGCAGCUUCGCUUCCUGCCGCAACGGCCGGCGACCGGAGUAUCCCAGCACGGCGCUCCGGGGCCUGAGCCGGGUGAAGCGGUGGCUGGGGUGGAGCGAGGCCGGCGGGGCCGGGGCGGGAGGCGCAGACUCAUGAAAUGGCCACAGAUGAUAAAACUUCCCCAACACUGGACUCUGCUAGUGAUUUGCCUCGAUCACCUACUAGUCCUUCUCAUCUCACACACUUUAAGCCUUUGACUCCUGAUCAGGAUGAACCUCCUUUUAAGUCAGCAUAUAGUUCUUUUGUAAAUCUCUUUAGAUUUAACAAAGAGAGAGCAGAAGGGGGCCAAGGAGAGCAGCAGUCUCUGAGUGGAAGUUGGACCAGCCCUCAGCUUCCUUCAAGGACACAAUCUGUGAGGUCGCCUACACCUUAUAAAAAGCAGAUUAAUGAGGAACUCCAGCGUCGCUCUUCAGUAGUGUUAGAUGCAAGAAGGAAAGCAGAACCUACUUUUGGAGGUCAUGACCCUCGUACAGCUGUUCAGCUUCGAAGCCUCAGCACAGUGUUAAAACGCCUUAAGGAAAUCAUGGAGGGGAAAAGCCAGGAUAGUGACCUGAAGCAAUACUGGAUGCCAGAUAGCCAAUGUAAAGAGUGCUACGACUGUAGUGAGAAAUUUACAACUUUUAGGCGCAGACACCAUUGCCGACUGUGUGGGCAGAUUUUCUGUAGUCGUUGUUGUAAUCAAGAAAUCCCUGGAAAAUUUAUGGGCUAUACAGGGGACCUCCGAGCUUGUACAUACUGUAGAAAAAUAGCUUUAAGUUAUGCUCAUUCCACAGACAGUAAUUCCAUUGGGGAAGAUUUGAAUGCUCUUUCAGAUUCCACUUGCUCUGUGUCUGUACUUGAUCCAAGUGAACCCCGUACACCUGUUGGGAGUAGAAAAGCCAGCCGUAACAUAUUUUUAGAGGAAGAUUUGGCCUGGCAAAG